AUGGAGUACAGCUGUCCGUCGCGUGUCCGCGGCAUGUUACUCGACGCACAUUUGACUUUGACCGCGUCGGAGAGCGACUUUGCACGCAAGUCAGUCGAGUUAGGCUUCAAUGUCGCGUGCAGGGGAGUCGGUUGGGUCGUUUGGGUGGUGGACGGCUCGGUAUCUUGGUAUAUCUGGACGGGAGACGUUACGCGCAAGGUGUACCGCAAGGUGCAGCGCGACCGUUGGCGGCCGCCGGCCCCUCGUAAUAGCGGCACGAGAGCCGUGACAGCGCCGUGUAACAAC